CAUUCAUCAAUUUCAAUAGCUCUUGGUGGAAAACCCAGAACAAAAUACGGCUCCACUUGAUAUAUCAAUCAGGAGAAAGUGAAAAAAAUAUUUUAGCAGUUUUGUUCCAAAAUAAGGUUGAAAAUGAAUCACUGUUAUUUAUGCCUCGGAAUAUGUUUUGCGGUUGUUUUUUGGAAUGCUGUUGACGGUGCCGAACGAAAAGUAGCGAAAGUACAUUCUAAGCAAAAUACUGUGGUUAUUAAAGUCAACAAACAGUCAAAAUCAACAUCUAGGAAUGCUCAAAGGAGAGGCAUGAUUGUGAAGUGCUGCGGGGGAAGAAAGUGCUCGAUGAAAAACCACAAAAAUAGGAAAAACGGUACAAUGUCGAGAGUGGCCAAAAUCAUACGAAAUGAGCUAAAUGGGCCGUCUAAUCGAUUGGUUGUAAUUGGAAAAAAGAAAUACAAAUUCCCUCCAGAAAAAGCCACUUUUGAGGAGGCGAAGAAGAUUUGCGAAGACCAAGGAUUAGAUUUGACGUCACCAGCCAGCACAAAGGAAACCAAAUCAAUUGACGAAUAUCUCAACUACAUCGGUUUAGGAUCUGAGCCUUUGUUCACCGCUUUUCCGACGGACGCUUCUCUCAGCGGGGCUAAAUGGGGCUCUGACAAACCCCCAGGGGGGCCUGGCGAAUGCCUGACCCAGUACAAGGGAUCUUUGUACAAUGCGUCCUGCAAUCAACAAUCGCACUUCUCCUGCCAGGAAAAGCCCUUGCCAGAAGGCGUGACGCAAUCCUAUGACAUGCUUGCAUCAAUUGGAGAUGCGGUUCUGAAUUUCGUUGGGGGAAAAAACAUAAUCGCCCCCUCGGAAAGGGCGAGCGUUCCAGAGGCUUCUGGAAUGUGCAAGGAAAAGGGCAUGGACCUGAUGAGUCUCGAUUCGCUGACCCAGCUGAGCUCCGUCCAGGAUUUCCUCGGAGGAAUCGGGCUCUCGUCAAGCACUUUGCUGACUUCGAUGAAGAAAGUUGACGACUCGGGCUCGUCCAACUGGCUCGGCGACUUGGCCUCGGCUUUGCUGCCGCCGCCGAAGAACCCCGCGGACCAGGGCGACUGCAUGGGAAUCAGUUCUCUGGGCAUUUUGGGCGUCAGCUGCGACAUGGUUUCCAAUUUCGUGUGUCAAGCGCCGCCGCCCAAGCUCAUCGGCGACAACGGCAACGAGCUGCCCUUCAGCAUGGAUUUGCUAAACAUGGCCAAUUCGCUGGGAAUUGAAUCGUUGCUGGAGCCAGAAUCGAAAACAACAGCGGCAAAAGCAACAACCCAAAAGCGUGGUUUGAAAACAACACUUCCAAAACCAGGUGGAACUACUUUAAAAAGAGCCGCCGCGUUGAUUACAACAACUGACACAGUGGUGACAGAUGGAACAUUAAUAAGUGACGUGUCAGAGAUUGCCACAACUCCUGAUCCGACACAGGCCGAUUUGACCGUCAUGAUCAACGUAGGGGAAAUAACGACGGUAGUUGUUGACCCGACGACGCUUGCAGUGGCGCCAAACCCUGUACCUGCAGCACCGCAGAACCCUGCAGCUCAGGCCCCAGUUACCACCACCACAACCCCAGCCCCAAUACCUUUUGAGACUACAUUUAACGGCAGAACUUACUACGGUUCAAACUUCACUUUGCCUGCAUUAAAUGCGUCAGACUGGUGUGUCAACAUCUCGUCCCGACUUGUUCUGAUCGAAGACAAAACCGAAUAUGACAUGCUUUUCAAUCUGACUGGCCCAGACUCUGGUCGUGAAAAUCAAACGUUUUACACUGGAAUGAAUAAAAUUGGACGAGAUUGGUCAUUUUUCGUCAUGGACGAUUUCGCAACGGCAGCUUUGAAUUCUGUCAACUCUAGCCAGUGUUUAAUUUUAACAAACGGGACAUACAUGAUCGAUUCUUGCAAUGAGAGUCGGUUUUUCAUUUGUGAAACCAACAAGCCUAACGCAACUUUAUAUGGAAAAGCCUGGAACAUUUCUUUGUUUGGCAACUAUUUUACACAAUUGUUCAUGAAUUAUACCUCCUACGAAAUGGUGAAAUACUGCCGAGAACAAAAGUUUGACACUGCCCAAGUUAACAAUUCGUUUGAGCUUUUGGGAGAGUUAAAAUACCUGAUUUACUCCUUGGGUUUGCAAAACACGCCACUCCACAUCUCGGUUCCAAAAAUCAAUGGGACGUACCCUUUAAACUUGCCCUGGGCGAAGGGCAACCCAGACGCAAACUUGGGCUGCGUCGCUUACUUCAACUAUUCUUUGGUGUCAACGGCAUGCACGUCCCUUUUGUUUGGAAUUUGUGAAGCUAAAAAUCAUUCUGCAAUUGCUUCCGAUUGGAGAAAAAUACUCCAAAAUGAGACCUACGUAAUCAGUGGUGCAAUAUUCAACUCAAUCGAUGGAAAAGAUUACUGCAAAUCUCUGAAAUUGGAAAUGGUCUCGGUGGAAUCUUACUCGGAACAUAUUGCAAUCAUCAGUAUGCUUCAAGCGUCAAAUCUUUCAAAUGUUUAUGUGGCAAUUGAUCUGCAUAAAUUUAACGCAACUAGCUACGUUUGGGGAAACAACAAAACUUUCUUCCCACAAAUGGUAAAUUGGAUUUUUUCGCUCAAUAUGAGCGGGGACUGCGGAGCUUAUUUCAACAAUUCCAUCGUGAUGGUCGAUUGCAACAUUCCCAUGAGUGUCCUCUGUGAAGAAUCGAGAGAUUUUGGAGCAUACGAUGGCACAAACUCAUCAAACAACAACUCAUCUUGUCCGAAUUUAAAUAUCUCCAUUUCCAAGGUUUAUAACACUUGGGAAAGUGCUCGAUUAGAUUGUAACAGAAUCGGAAUGGACUUGAUCACCAUUGAUUCUCAGUCAAAAGGAAAUUGUUUUUCCGCUUACUUGCAAACGAAAAGUAGAAGCCAGGACACGUUUUGGAUCGGAAUAAGUUCAAUUGCGCAGAGCACAUUUACGUGGGCAAACGAUAAAUCGUCGCUGUCUUAUGUGCAAUGGCAAAAUGGAUUUCCAACUUCCAAUAAAAAGGAAGCCUGCGUCUCGUCGUCGGGUGGCCAGUGGAAGAAUCAAAUGUGCACCGACAUCAACUUUUAUGCUUGCGAACAAUCAAAAAAUAUAAUCAACACAACCUUAAAAGGCUGCCCAGCAACUUCUUCGCGCUACACACUGACACGAGACAAAAAAUCAUGGCCCGCAGCACGAUUGGAGUGCGGAAAAGAUGGAAUGGAUCUUGUAAGUUCCGAAACACCAGAAGAGGACGCGUGCGUUCGCACAUUUAUAAAUACAACAGGCAUGGAACAAGAAUUAGUUUGGAUGUCUUUGAAUUUCAUAAAUGGAACAAAUUAUGACAAUUGGGCAAACGGAGCAAACCUUUCUUAUCAUUCGUGGCAUCCGGGCGAUCCCGAGAAUUAUCCAGACGAGAAAUGCGCAAUUUACUGGAAAAACGCAUGGUAUGAUUUGCCUUGUACGGUAGCAACGUUUUACUUGUGCGAAGGAUCCACAAUCUGAAUAAUAAUAAAUGUUUGGAAAAAUUGGUUGAAAAGAGAGCAUUCCGAGUGGGAAGAGUUAUAAUUUCUCAGCUUCCAUUGUUUGAACCUUUAAGUUUACAAGUUUAUAUAUUUGGAGUCUUUAAACAUGAAGUUUUCUCAGCCUUUGUUUGAAUCAAAAUGUUUAAUUAUCUAAUCAUUAAUCAAUUCUUUUCUUUUGUAAAAAUUUAAUAAAGGUUAAUUGAUGGAUGAAAUUAAUGUCUUAAAAAAUAAUUGGGUAAAUUAUUUGGAUUUAUUUUAUUUUCAUUUUCAUGUAGUACAUGACAUGUACAUUUUGAUCAAUUUGUUUGUAUUAAUACCUCAUUUUUCGACUUUUUUUAAAAUUUUUAUAUUGUUGCAUUCCCUGUCUUUGGCAAAGUUGCCCCCUCUGUUGUGUACAUAAUAAAUUGCCCUAAUUUUGAACCCAAUAAACACUUCUUGAAACUAAAUGACUUGUUGCAAAUAAAAGUAUGAUUAGACAAAUGUGAGACAGUGUAAUUAAUGACUACUGGUAAUUUUAUAAAUAAAAAAAACUUAGAAUAAAAAAGUUGGAAACAAAUAGUCUGCCUUGAGAAAUUGUAAAUUUGAUUAUUGAAAAUAAAUAAUUAUCGUUUUGAA